AUGCAUGUAGUUUCCAACUAUAUAGUUCCUUUGAAGUCUUUAUUGGACAAAAAUAACUAUAACUUUAAUGAUAUCAAUCUUCCUGCAAGUGAACAUAUUUCUCCAUUAUGUGAUGUUGGCCCAUAUGUUCCUUCAUAUAAUCAACCCUUCUUUUUUCCAAACCCGUCUCCUGACAUCUUUAUGAAAUCGUUUCUAUAUCCUAAUAAUGGAAAUGGAUUAUUCAUGUCAUCAACAGUGUGCAAGGAACUUCCUAUCACUAUUCAGAGUGAUAUGUCAGUCAUGAAGUCUUUAGGAUUUUCCAUAGGAGAUAUGAAUUGUUUAUUAGGCGAUUUCCAGAAGCAGGAUGUAGCCAAAACUCAAGAUAAUGUAAACAUUUAUCAAUUUACUCCAUCUGUAGAAGUAGUAGACGAGAAUAAUGCUAUAUCUUUAGAAGGCAUGCCUGCUACAUUGGAUCAGUUGGAAGUAACAGUUGCAGACAAUCAUUCGAAUCUUCACUCAGGUAACCUAUUUCCUUCGACUCCCUCAAAUCCAACUGCUUUGGUUUAUUCUAUUGUUAAGGUUGUAACACGCUACCAGGCUAAUCACUAUGCAAUGCUGCUGCCAGCAAAAUUUGCAAUGAAGGCUUUUCCGUCUAAGCUUGAUAAGGUCAAGGUUAAACAGCAUUGCGGUUUAUUUUACGUGAUGAAACUUAGAUGGCAUUCUGAGAGGCAUAAUGGGGUAUUUAUCACUAAGGGUUGGUCCAGAUAUUGCAAGAGAAGUAAAUUGAAGGGUGGUAGUGUUCUUAGGUUUAGUGUGUCUUCUAAGGAUGAGACUCUCAUCAAGUUAAAUGUUACGUUCCAUUGUAUUAUACAUAAUCACAAGAGAUUCACCAAGCAAACAGAUACAAUUAUCAGAGAAGUAUGCAGAAGUAACAACGAGCUAUUUACAUCUUCUGUUCAUGACCUUGGACAGUCUUCUAAAAAUGCAAAUAAUGUAAUUCAUGAUUCCAAUGUAUCAGAUUUAUAUCAUCAUGAAGUUGUUGAUGUAUUCGAUGACAUUAAUUUAGAAAGUGAUUACUCUAUUGAUUUUCAAGACGACAAUGUCAUUGAUGAAAGUGCGACUGCAUACGAGAUUGACAGCUUAGUUAUUGAUGAAGAAGCUUUUUGGGAUGCGGGUGAUCCUUCUCAUACAUGUAUAUAUUGCAAAGCUUUGAUGUGGGAUCAUGAGAGACUUUCAAAGAGUAUCAAUAGUGUCACUCCUCAUUUUGGUUUGUGCUGUAUGGAUGGCAAAGUUGAGUUGCCCCUAAUGAAACAGGCCCCAGAUAAUCUAAAAGCAUUGUAUUUUUUGGACGAUGAAAUGGGCCGAUACUUUCGAAAAAACAUAAGGGCAUUUAAUGCAAUGUUUUCAUUCACAUCAAUGGCUGGCAAGAUUAACCAUAAAAUUAACAAUGGUUCCGGUCCGCCGUCAUUUAUUUUGAGUGGCCAGAACUAUCACUCAAUCGGAAGUCUUAUUCCACAAGCAAAUGAAAAACUAAGAUUUGCACAGCUCUACAUUUAUGAUACGGACAACGAGAUUCAUAACAGAAUUAGUGCUGUUCUCCCAGUAAGUUCGGUGGGUAAUCUUGAACAUGAUAUAGUUUGUAUGCUGAAAAAUAUGCUAGAUGAGCAUAAUCCUUUGGCACAGUCGUUCCGUUAUGCUCGGGAUAGAUUCACCGAGUCACAUUCUCUUGAUAUGAAGUUAAAACUGAUUAGGCGUAGGGAAAAAGAUGGUCGGCGAUACAACUUGCCUACUGCAUCAGAAGUUGCAGCAUUGGUAGUUGGUGACAUUGAUGAUUCUUUAUUGGACAGAGAUAUCAUAUUGGAAACCAAAUCAAAACAACUAAAGAAGAUUGAUGUUAUCCAUCCAUUGUAUUUGGCUUUGCAGUAUCCUCUUAUUUUUCCAUAUGGUGAGGAUGGAUAUAGAACAGGCAUCUUAGCAGCUUCUCAAUACAAUGUUGACGGUUCAAAGAAGAGGAAUACAAUAAGCAUGAGGGAAUUCUUUGCAUUUCGACUGCAAAUGAGGUCAUCUGAGUCACCAAUUCUGCUUAACUCCCGUAGGUUGUUCCAACAGUUCUUGGUUGAUGCAUAUACUAUGGUAGAGUCUGAGCGUCUUAGUUUUCUUCGUUUCAACCAACUAAAGUUGAGGGUUGAAAAGUACAAGUUAUUGCAUGAGUCUUUAGUUAGAGGUGAAGCAGAUGCUGUUUCAAGUGGUCAAAGAAUAAUUCUCCCAAGCACUUUUACGGGUGGACCUAGAUACAUGUUUAAUAAUUGCAAGGAUGCAUUUGCUCUUUGCAAGCAUUUUGGUUAUCCAAGUUUUUUUGUCACCAUCACAUGCAAUCCUGAAUGGGAUGAGAUAAAGCGCUUAUUAAUUGGUACUGGCCUUAAAGCAGAAGAUCGUCCUGAUAUUACAUCAAGAGUCUUUAAGAUUAAGCUAAACAACUUAAUCAGAGAUUUUAAGUAUGGUGAUAUUUUUGAAAAGAUUUCUGGAUAUGUAUGCACUAUUGAAUUUCAGAAGAGGGGUCUUCCUCAUGCUCAUAUUUUGUUGUUCAUGCAUCCUCUUUCAAAACCUAGGUCUCCUGAUGAUAUAGAUAAGUUAAUAUCGGCACAAAUACCCGAUAAACGUCGAAGGCCUAAGUUAUAUGCUGCUGUUGAGAAAUUCAUGGUUCAUGGUCCAUGUGGCAAGUAUAACAAGAAUAGUCCUUGCAUGGUAAAUGGUUUGUGCUCCAAAUAUUUUCCCAAACAAUUUAGACAACGUACUGUUGUUGAUGAAGCUGGGUUCCCAAAGUAUUGUAGGCCAAAAAAUGGUCGCACCAUAAUAAAAAAGGGUGCAACUCUUGAUAACUCUUUUAUUGUCCCGUACAACCCAACUUUGUUAUUAAGGUAUGGUUGUCACAUUAAUGUUGAGCAUACUUGCCAAACUUCUGCCAUCAAAUAUUUAUUCAAGUAUGUUCACAAAGGAAAUGAUCGUGUUACUGCUUCAUUCUACCAGACAUCAGUUAAUGGUAAUGCUCCUCCUAUUGUGGAUGAGAUUAACAACUAUUAUGAUUGUAGAUACAUUUCUGCAUGUGAAGCUGCUUGGAGAUUAUAUGGUUAUGAUAUUCAAGUUAAGGAGCCUGCUGUUAUCAGACUUCCAUUUCACCUACCAGAUGAGAAUCCUGUUAUUUUCAAGGAAUACGAGGGUAUUCAGGAUGUCCUUAGUCGUGUUGAUGCGAAGUUCACUAAAUUACAAGCAUGGUUUGUUGUGAAUAAAUAUUUUCCAUUGGCUAGGUCAUUGACCUAUUGUGAGUUUCCACAGAAAUUUGUAUGGAAGGACGAUAUUUCAAUGUGGAUUCCAAGGAAACAAGGUUAUUCUAUUGGUAGGUUGACACAUGUUCCUAGAGGUAAUGGCGAGGAUUAUUAUCUUAGACUUCUUCUCAACAUUCAGAAAGGUUGCACCAGUUUUGAGGAAAUACGCACUGUUGAUGGUGUUACACACAACACUUUCAAAGAAGCAUGCUAUGCAAACUAUGUUCGUGACCUUUUUGUUGAUGCUAUUCUUGAAGAAAGUACUUGGGCUUCAGCCAACUAUGUUCGUGACCUUUUUGUCAUGCUUCUGAUAUCAAACAACAUAGCAUGUCCAGAUUUUGUCUUAGAAAGAUGCUACAAAGAAUUAUCUGAGGAUAUUUUAUUUGAGCAAAGAAGAAUUCAUCAUGUUCAAGAUCUUCAUUUGUCUGACGAGCAUAUCAUGAACUUGACCCUUGCAAAAAUUGAAGACAAGAUGCAAGCUAAUGGAAGGUCUCUUAAAGAGUUUCCAGCGAUGCCCUACCCAUCAUUAGAUCUUUUUCAUGGUUUAGAAGAUCGCUUAUUGUUGGACGAGGUUAAUUUUGAUCGUUCUUUGCUUAAGCAGCAAUAUAUGCAAUCUCUAAAGACCAUGACAGAUGAGCAACGAUCUGCAUUUGACACCAUUGUUGAUUCCGUAAACAAUGAUCGCGGCGGAUUUUUCUUUCUAUAUGGUUAUGGUGGUACUGGCAAGACGUUCAUCUGGAAUACUCUUUCUGCUUAUCUUAGAUGUGGUGGGAACAUUGUUCUUAAUGUUGCUUCAAGUGGCAUUGCUUCUUUACUACUUCCUAAUGGUCGUACUGCUCACUCAAGAUUUAAAAUACCGUUAAGCAUCAAUGAGGACUCUAUAUGCAACAUAAAGCCGGGAACACCUCUUUGUAAACUUAUUUGUAAAGCAAAGCUUAUUAUAUGGGAUGAGGCACCAAUGUUAAGUAAGUAUUGUUACGAAGCUCUUGACAAGUCUCUAAAAGACAUUCUUCGCUUUCAGCCAUCGUUUAAUCCAAACCUUCCAUUUGGUGGCAAAGUUGUUGUACUUGGCGGAGACUUCAGGCAGAUUCUUCCAGUAAUACCUAUGGGUUCACGGCAAGAUAUUGUGCAAGCAUGCAUUAGUUCAUCUUAUCUAUGGGAUUUUUGCACAGUCUUAAAGCUUUCAAAGAAUAUGAGGCUUACUGUUGGUGGUAUGGUUGAAGUUGAUGAUGAUAUCAAAGCUUUUGCAGAUUGGUUAAUUCAAAUUGGGAAUGGAUUGGCAGGUGAUUCAACAGAUGGUGAGUCAGAAGUAGUCAUCCCUAAAGACAUACUUAUUGAUGAUACUGAUGAUGGGUUUCAGAAUUUGGUUACAUUUGUCUACACAGGGUUAUUGAUGAACUUGGAUAACAUUAAUUAUUUCAAGGAGCGCACGAUUCUGGCACCCACUCUUGAAGUUGUCCAUGAGGUCAAUAACACAAUUAUGGAAUUUAUUAAUAGUGAUGAAAAAGUUUAUCUUAGUUCAGACUCAUUAUGUGCUGAAGAGGGCAACAUGGAAUACGAGUUGGAUGCUAUUACAACUGAUGUUCUAAAUUCGAUAAAUUGCUCAGGUUUGCCCAACCAUCAGUUGAAACUCAAAAUUGGUGUACCUGUGAUGCUUCUAAGGAAUAUAGACCAAAGCAAUGGACUUUGCAAUGGUACUCGAUUACAGGUUCGUAGACUUGGAAAUCAUGUAAUUGAAUGCAACAUCUUGACGGGAGACAAGUGUGGUGAAGUAGUUCUCAUUCCACGCAUGAAUAUGGCUCCGAAUAAUGAAACUCUACCUUUCAGGUUUCAACGUAGACAAUUUCCUUUGGUAGUCUCUUUUGCAAUGACCAUAAAUAAAUCUCAAGGUCAAACUUUGAGCAAAGUUGGUUUAUACUUACCUAGACCUGUUUUUACACACGGACAAUUAUAUGUUGCGUUGUCUAGGGUGAAGUCUAGAGAGGGUUUGAGAGUUUUGAUAAAGAAUAAUGGAUCACUAAGUGAUGAUUCUACCUUAAAUGUUGUGUAUAGGGAAGUUUUUCAGAAUCUCUAA